AUGGAUGAUGACGACGAUGAAUCCUGUCUCCUUGAUCUUAUUGGGGACCCACAGGCACUGAAUUAUUUUCUACAUGGACCUAGUAGUAAAUCUAGUAAUGAAGACUUGACUAACGCAGAAUAUUCUGUAGCCAACUCAAAUUCAAUUUUCGCCAACUCAAAUAACACCGAUCCUAAGUCGUCUGUGAAAGGUGUAAGCGGUCAGCUUGGAGAGGGGCCUAGUGAUGGACUGCAGCUGUCCAGUAGCCUUCAGUUUCUUGAAGAUGAACUUGUAUCUUCUCCUUUACCUGAUCUUACUGAGGAUCAGCCUUUUGAUAUUCUUCAGAAGUCCUUGCAGGAGGCCAAUAUCACUGAACAGACUUUGGCAGAAGAGGCAUAUUUGGAUGCCAGUGUAGGUUCUAGCCAACAGUUUGCACAAGCUCAGCUUCAUCCUUCUUCAUCAGCAUCCUUUACUCAGGCUUCUAAUGUUUCUAAUUACUCAGGUCAGAUGUUGCAACCUAUAGGAGUUACUCAAGUGGUACAGCAACCUGUCGGAGCAUCUUUUGCAAGCAAUACAGUCGGUGUGCAACAUGGCUUUAUGCAACAUGUUGGAAUUAGUGUUCCCAGCCAGCAUUUGUCUAAUAGCAGCCAGAUCAGUGGUUCUGGGCAGAUCCAGCUAAUUGGCUCAUUUAGUAAUCAACCUUCCAUGAUGACCAUUAAUAACCUCGAUGGAUCUCAGAUUAUACUGAAAGGCAAUGGUCAGCAAACACCUGCAAACAUGAGUAGUGGCCUCUUGGUUCAUAGACAAACUCCAAAUGGUAACUCACUGUUUGGUAACUCGAAUUCAAGUCCAGUAGCACAACCUGUAACCGUUCCAUUUAACAGCACAAAUUUUCAGACAUCAUUACCUGUCCAUAAUAUCAUCAUUCAAAGGGGAUUGGCACCGAACUCUAACAAAGUUCCCAUUAACAUCCAACCAAAGCCUGUCCAGAUGGGUCAGCAGACUGCUUACAACGUGAAUAACUUGGGAAUACAGCAACAUCACGUGCAGCAGGGGAUUCCGUUCGCUUCUUCAAACUCACCUCAGAGUUCGGUAGUUGGGCCGCAUAUGUCUGUUAAUAUUGUUAAUCAGCAAAAUACGAGAAAAUCAGUUACACCUCAGACAGUUAGCAAUGCUGGAGGUAGUAUUGUUAUCCAUUCUCCUAUGGGACAGCCUCAUGCGCCUCAAAACCAGUUUCUCAUACCUACGAGUUUGUCUGUUAAUUCCAAUUCAGUUCAUCAUGUCCAGGCCAUAAAUGGACAACUUCUUCAGACUCAGCCUUCCCAGAUGGUUCCUAGCCAAGUGUCUGCUGAGCACGUAAUGCUCAACAGGAACUCCACAAACAUGCUAAGAUCCAACCAGUCGUAUUCAGGACAGAUGCUGAAUAAUCAGAACACAGCUGUUCAGCUUGUUUCCGGCCAGACAUUCACAGCUCCUGGAAACCAAGUUAUCGUAAAUCACGGAACUUCACAGAUUGUUGGUGGGCAGGUGCCACUGCAGCAGGCAUCGCCAACGGUGUUGCAUUUAUCACCCAGUCAAGCUAAUGUUUCUCAAGGUAGAUCGAGUUUUGCUACGAUGUCACCUGGGCAGUCUGCGGGCUCAAACAUGUCAACUUCUAAUCGAUUUGCUGUGGCAAGUUCUUCUGGUUCGGUACAUCCCAGCCUGGGACCAUCAGUUCAGUCUGUCGCGUCAGGAGGAAACUUCACUGGAGAUCAGCUCGCGCAGAACAGAAGUCAAGUUCCUGUCAGUGCAUCGCAUCGUCUUCCAGCAUCUUCUUCCAAAUCAGUCAGCACCUUCAGUCACACGGCAGUUGGAGUACCACAGCAACAGUUCGCCUUUGGUCAGGUACGAAAGCUGCUUGAGAAUGUAGCCAGAGAAAUGCUUCUAAGCAAAGUAUUAAAGUUGGUGUUAAUACAGGGAACGUUAAUUCUGCUAGUUUGUACUGUUACAAAUACUGUGGAACUGCUGAAAAUUACG